AAUGUUUGUCAAUUCUUGAACAUUCUCAUUAUCCAUUGCAACAUAUCCUUGGUGAUAAUCGAUCAGGUCAGUCGAAUGUAUCAUUGCUCGAGACAAUGUUUGAUUUUAUUACUGUGUCUAAAGAUAUGGGACAUCUAAUUUUGAAUGAUGCAAAUUUAGAACAAAUGUCAUUAGAGCAAGUAGCUCAAGUAGCUAAAUUUGACUUCUCAUUAACAUUUGCAUACAAUUCAUCAUCAGAUAAUAAGAGGUUAUCAUGUAGUUUCAUUGCUUCAAGUGAUCUAUUUGAAAAAUCAACUAUUUCACAAAUGGCUCGAAGAUUUGAGUAUAUGUUUGAGCAAUUGUUUCAAACACAAUCAAGCAACAUUCUUGUGAUGAAUAUGAGCUCAUCGAUUAACAAAAUUUCUCUUAUUCUUCCUGAUGAAGCUGAAGAAAUGAAAUUGAUAGUGUUCCAUCGACUGAAGAAUAUUUUCGAUGAAGCACCAGCAUCAUUUUCACAAACUCAACUAUGGCAUAAUGGUUCUAUUCAUUUCACUCCUUACAAACUACAAGAACCAAUAUACAACAUGCCCUUUGUAUAUCAUCUACACCAUAGUCAUACUUUAUCAAUAGAACGUCUUUAUCAUGCUCUUCAGCUAAUUGUCAUAAAACAUCAAUCACUUCAUACAUCACUUCUCUUCGAUGCGGAAAAGAACAUAGUCAUGCAACGAAUCAUUGAUAUGAAUGAUAACAGUAGACAACUUUUUACAUUUUUUGAAAGCACUUAUGAAACAGAGGAACAACUCAAUGAAAUUUUACAUGAUGAGAAACGCAAUCCUCAUCUUUUUGAUCUUUCUCAAGGUCUUGUCUUUCGAUGUCAUCUUGUUUACCACAUACGAAUAUCUUCAAAUGAUCUACUUUCUGACAAAGAUGUACUUAUUUUCAAUUUCCAUCAUGCUCAAUUUGAUUUUCCAUCAAUGAAUAUAUUUCUUCAUGAUCUCAAUCAGGCAUAUACAACAGGUCAAUUAUUAUAUGAUGACAACACUAAUCUUCGUUAUCUUGAUUAUGCUGUUAUUGAACAACAAAUGUCAAUGACUGGUGCAAGUAUGUUUUGGCUUGACACUCUUCAUGAUUGUAAACUAGAUCAACCUUUAUCAUUACCAUUUGAUCGAUAUCGUCUUGCAAAUGAACAUCGAACUGAUCGUGGAACAUCGAUUUCUUUCGAUUUUGGUCAAGAUCUAUCACAUCACUUUCUGACGCUCGCAUCAUCAAACAACGUAUUACGUGAACAUCUCACAUUUGCUAUUUAUUUCAUCUUUCUAUUUAAACUAACUAAUGGACAAACAGAUUUAUGUCUCGGUAUGAACAUCAAUAAUAAUCGAUAUAGAGAUGAACUCAAAUCAAUCAUUGGACUGUUUGAGAAUGUUAUUCCAUUACGAUGUCAAUUAAAUCCUCAUUGGUCUUUUCAUCAAUUACUCGAACAUGUUCAAGAGAUAACAACAAAUAGUAUGAAAUAUUCAUAUUUUCCACUUCAACGUAUUCUCGAUCACCAUCCACAUAUUUCUAAACAUGCAUUUCUCGAUACAUCUCUGGAAUUUGUAUCAUACAAGAAUAAUAAUACAGUAAUGAUUGGUGAUUCUCAACUUAUUCCAGCAUCUUUUUCAUUUAACCGUAAUAAUAAUGAAAUUCUAAGUGCACUAUACUUCUCUCUUUCUAUUUAUCAUGAUAUGAACAUGGAUCAACUGUCAUGCACAGUCAAUGCAUCACUUGGUUUAUUCAAUAGAGACACAGUAGAAAAGAUUUCACAACGAUUUCAUUUCAUCUUAAAUCAAUUAUCUGCAGCUAUUAUUCACGAUCAAAUAAACAAACCUAGCUAUGAAUUAUCAUUAGCAUUACCAAAUGAACAAUAUCUGAUGCAAUCAUUGAAUAAUACACAAAUAUCACUUACAUCUCCUGUCACUUGUAUCCAUCAUGAGUUUGUAUAUCAAGUAAUCAAACAUCCACAAAAACUAGCAGUUGAGCUAGAUGAACAAUCAUUAACAUAUUGUGAACUCUUACAUUAUGUACAAGUCUUAUCUGUAACUCUUCUUAAUGAAUAUCAUGUGUUUCCAGGUGAGAUCGUGUGUCAAUGUGUUGAGCGAAGUUUGUCAAUGGUGAUUGGUAUUAUGGGAAUUGAAAUGGCUCGUGGAGUUUAUUGCCCAUUGUCAUCUCGAGAUCCACAACAUCGUCUGCAUGCACUCACACAACAAACGCAAAGUCGUCUUAUUCUUGUUCAUCAUUUAACUAAGACCAAAUUCGAUAAUGUUAUUAUUUCACUAGAUAUUGAUUCAAUAUUAAAUGUUAAUAAUAUGGUUAGUGACAUUAAUUAUAAUUGCCUUUCAAGUGUGAUAAUGAAAGGUGAUGAGAUAGCCUAUAUUAUUUUUACUAGUGGUUCAUCUGGAAUUCCAAAAUCGGUUCAACUAAGUCAACAGAAUUUUAUCAGUUCAAUAAUAGCUUUGGUUCAGAUUAAUACACUACACGAAAGUGACAUUGUAAUUCAAAUAGCUAGUUCAACCUUUGACGCGCAUAUACUGGAAAUUGUAGGAUCUCUAAUCUGCGGAGCGACAAUAGCCAUGCUACAUCCACAGGGUAAUAUGGAUUUUCAAUACAUCAACCAUAUUUUACAUGACAAACAAGUAACAUAUAUGGUGGCUGUUCCGAGUUAUCUCGAUCAUUUAUGUGACUUCCUCAAACAAAAUAGACUUCCUCCAUGGAUACUAAUGAGAAAUAUUAGCUGUGUCGGUGAAUCUGUGUCAUCAACUUUCAUUAAAGUACUGAUACAGUUUGUUGCCGAAUCUUGUCGAAUUUGGAAUUUGUAUGGUCCUGCGGAAGCCACACUUGGAACUACAUGUCACUUAAUUGAUGUAGUCUCUCACAUGUAUGAUCUUCCAAUUGGCAAACCACUACCUCGUUACAUAUGUUUAGUUCUAAACAGCUUCUUGCAACCUGUUGUGAUUCAGGAAGAAGGAGAACUGCUUAUAGGUGGUGUAGGUGUGUUUGCUGGUUAUCUCGGCCGUGACGAUUUGAGUGCAAAAGCUCUUGUUGAAAUAGAUGGUCAACUAUUUUAUCGAACAGGUGAUCUUGUUACAAUCGAUCACAAUGGUCUUCUUCAUUAUCAAGGAAGAAAAGAUCAUCAAAUCAAACUUCAUGGACAACGAAUCGAACUUGGUGAAAUCGAAAGAUGUUUACUUAACAUUACAUCUAUCUCUGCUUGUGUUGUCAUGAAAUGGAAUGAUGAUUAUUUAGCUGCAUAUGUUCAAAGUUCUGAUAUUACUGAACAGGAAUUGCGUGAACAUUGUCAAUCUCAUCUUCCACCACAUAUGAUUCCAUCAAUAUUUAUUAUACUUGAGAAACUACCUUUGAAUCAAAAUGGAAAAAUAGAUCGAAAACUUCUUCCUUCACCUCAUUUCUCAUUUACAAAUCUCGCGAACAGUUUAGAACUAUUACUACCAAUAAAUGAUAUUGAAAUUGGUAUUCAUCAUAUUUGGUGUGACAUAUUCAACCAGAAUCAAAUCUCAACUGAUACAAAUAUCUUUACUAUUGGUGGUCAUUCAUUACUUAUCAUGCAACUAUUUCAUCGAUACAAGAUUGAAUUUCAUUUAGAAACAAAUGCUCUUUCCAUUUCUAAUCUAUUUCAACAUCCAACAAUCAUUCAUCAUGCCCAACUCAUUCAACAAUCUAUCAAUACCAUACACACUCUGGAUAACUCUGCUUGGUCUUCAUUACAUGUUAUUCUAGCUAGAGUAUCAUUUGCACAAGAACGAAUCUAUUUAGAUGAACAAAUUCGUUUUUCAUCCAACAAAACAACCAGGAAUAAUAUGUAUGUUAUUCCAUUACUUUAUCGUAUAUCAUCUAUGAAUGAUCAUAUAUCAAUCACUCGAUUACAUCAUGCAUUUCAAAGUGUUAUCACGAAACAUAAUAUUCUACGAACAGCACUUUAUCUUUAUGAUAAAAAUGGUAAUAUUAUACAACACUGUUUAGAUGCAAAUAUCAUUCUCAACGAUGAUAUGAAAUUCAAUGGAUUGACAAUCGUUAAUCGACAUAAUGAUGAUCAUAGUCAUAUGACUGAAAUGGUCAAAGGAAUAUUAAAUCAAUCUGAUUUAUUCGAUUUAUCAAAAGGACGUGUUAUUCGUUGUCAUAUUCUUCGUCAUUAUCAUCAAUCUCAAGACAGUACUCCUUAUGAGAAUGAUGAUCUGCUGAGUGAAAAUGAUCACAUAUUGAUUAGUAUUCAUCAUGCAAUGUUUGAUGGAGCAUCAACAUCAAUCUUUCUUCGUGAUCUUUCUCUUGCUUAUCAAUCUGAUGACUCUUUAUCUAUGGAUGAAAAUACACUGAAUUAUAUAGAUUAUUCUAUUCAUGAACAUAUCAUGGAUAUGACAUUAUCUCAAGAAUUCUGGCAUUCGCAACUUGAAAGAUACAAUACCGAAUGUUCAUUAUCAUUACCAGUUGAUCGUCGACGCUCAUCAACUAAUCAACAACGAUCAGGUGUAGCAUCCAUAGUUGAAAUCAGUUUUGAUAAUGACUUAUGCACAUCAUUUCUAAACUAUGCAUCAUCACACCAUCUCACACUUUUUCAACUUGGAUUAUCCAUAUUUUAUGUGUUUCUAUUCAAAUUAACUCAUAGUGAGACUGAUCUAUGUAUUUCUUCUAUCAAUACUAAUCGAUAUCGAAGUGAACUAGUGAAUAUGAUUGGAAUGUUUGUUUCAACAUUACCAUAUCGUGUUGAACUUGAUUCUCAUUGGUCAUUUGAUGAAGUAGUUAAAUAUGUACAAGAAAAAUGUUUGUCAAUUCUUGAACAUUCUCAUUAUCCAUUGCAACAUAU